ACGCAUCCAAUCUCACGUUCAAAAUCAUGGGCUUUCCUUUUAUCCAUCUUUAAAUUAUUUGCUUGAGUUUCGAAAAGAGAUUUCUAAAAACAAAAACAAAACAACAUAAAAGCAAAGAGACAUCUAACAAAGUUAUUCAGUAACAGAAACCAUCAGUCUACCGUUAAGACCAUCUCAAGCGGGGAAAAAGUCUUCAAGGCAAGGUCACAAUCUGGAUAAUGAAACAGAAAAGAGGAAGUAAAAAAAAACAAGGAGUUAUUUUUACACGUUCGUCCUCAAAUCCUAGUGAUUCUAGAAGAAGCUUUGAUGGAUCUGGACAACGCAUAGAAAACGCAAUGGGACAAGAAUUUGGACAUGACAUCGAACAGGUCCAGCGGGGAAAUGACCAGGUACACGUCAUCGCUAACGGCGAAAAAUCCAACCUUGAUCAACUGUUCUUUACUGACGAAGGAAGUCUCGGGCUUGAUAGCAGUGACUGGAGUACUGAGAGUAGUUUUGGUUGGGGAGGUUUGGAGAGUAACCAGGGAUUUGUGGAUGAUACAGUAGGCAGUUUUCAAGGCUGUGGUAAUGAGCUUUCUGGUGCGGGCCAGGGUAGGGGGACAGGAGGGGGUGUAGUGAUGGUUGGUGGAGGGAGAGGGAAUUGUUGUUGUAGAGGUGUUAAGGGGAGAGGGAGGGGUGGUAGGGGUGGAUUGAAAGGGCAGGGGGGUAUUGGGGUGUAUGGAGGUAGAGGGGGGAGUGGGUCUGAUGGUAUGGGUGGACAAGGUGGUUAUGGGGGUGGGGGUAGUGCAGGGUUUGGGGGUAGAGGGGGGAGUGGGUCUGAUGGUAUGGAUGGACAAGAAGGUUAUAGGGGUGGGGGUCGUGGAGGCCGUGGAGGGUAUGGGGGUAGAGGGGGUAGUGGAUCUGAUGGUAUGGAUGGACAAGGUGGUUAUGGGGGUGGGGGUCGUGGAGGGUUUGGGGGUAGAGGGGGUAGUGGAUCUGAUGGUAUGGAUGGACAAGGUGGUAAUGGGGGUGGGGGUCGUGGAGGUCGUGGAGGGUAUGGGGGUAGAGGGGGGAGUGGGUCUGAUGGUAUAGAUGGACAAGGUGGUUAUGGGGGUGGGGGUCGUGGAGGGUUUGGGGGUAGAGGGGGGAGUGGGUCUGAUGGUAUGGAUGGACAAGAAGGUUAUGGGGGUGGGGGUCGUGGGGGCCGUGGAGGGUAUGGGGGUAGAGGGGGGAGUGGAUCUGAUGGUAUGGAUGGACAAGGUGGUUAUGGGGGUGGGGGUGGUGGAGGGUUUGGGGGUAGUGGAGGGUUUGGGGGUAGAGGGGAGAGUGGGUCUGAUGGUAUAGAUGGACAAGGUGGUUAUGGGGGUGGGGGUGGUGGAGGGUUUGGGGGUAGUGGAGGGUUUGGGGGUAGAGGGGGGAGUGGGUCUGAUGGUAUAGAUGGACAAGGUGGUUAUGGGGGUGGGGGUCGUGGAGGGUUUGGGGGUAGAGGGGGGAGUGGGUCUGAUGGUAUGGAUGGACAAGAAGGUUAUGGGGGUGGGGGUCGUGGGGGCCGUGGAGGGUAUGGGGGUAGAGGGGGGAGUGGAUCUGAUGGUAUGGAUGGACAAGGUGGUUAUGGGGGUGGGGGUGGUGGAGGGUUUGGGGGUAGUGGAGGGUUUGGGGGUAGAGGGGAGAGUGGGUCGGAUGGUAUGGAUGGACAAGGUGGUUAUGGGGGUGGGGGUCGUGGAGGGUGGUCUGUAUGA